AUGCCUCUAAAGGUCGGCGUCAUCGGGGCCGGCAUUGGAGGCUUGAGCGCCGCCAUUGGUCUCCGUCGCGCCGGAGCUGAAGUCGAGAUAUAUGAGCGAUCGAAGUUUAAAAAUGAAGUCGGAGGUGCCAUAACCGUCACUCCCAACGGGUCGCGCGUGCUGGAAUCUUGGGGCUUUGACGACGUCAAGGCCGGCGCCGUCGAGGCCAAGACGCUGCGCAUGGUUGACGCGCACACGCUGGAGCCGGCCUUUACCGACGACCUGACGGACGUGCGCGGCGACUUUGGCGCCAAGAUGGCCUUUUACCACCGCGUUGAUCUGCACAAUAGCCUCAAGGACCUGGCGCAGGGCCAACAGGAAGGGCCCAACAACGAGCUGGCCGGACCCCCGGCCGUUAUUCGACUCGGCCAGGCCGUGGUCGACAUUGACUGUGAGACCGGCGUCAUAAUCCUCGCGGACGGAACCAAGGUGACCAAAGACUUGCUCGUUAUUGCCGAUGGCAUCAAGUCGCGUUUCAUCAGCAAGAUCACGGGCGAGGCCGACAAGAUCAAGGACCUGGGCUGGUCGGCGUAUCGGUGCCUGGUGCCCAUGGACGCCAUCCUGUCGGACCCAGAGACACGGCCGUAUUUCGAAGGCCAAGCUCCCGGGUACUGGACCCCAUUCUACCUGCCGGAGGCCUUUUACAUGGUGGCGUACGCGUGCCGGGACAACCGCCUGCUCAACAUUGCCAUUCGCCACGAGACGCGGGCCCAGGACCGUGACAAGGACGAGGACUGGAACGCGGCAGCGACGCACGCCGACGUGCUCGAGAUCCUCAACGGCUACCACCCCGUCAUGCGCGCCGUGGUCCUCAAGGCCCCCGACGUCAAGGUCUACAAGCUCGUGCGCCGCGAGCCGCUGCCGCGGUACUGGCGGGGCCGCGCCGUCAUUGUCGGCGACGCGGCGCACACCAUCCUGCCGACGCACGCGCAGGGGGCCGUCCUCGCGAUUGAGGAGGCCGCGGCGCUCGAGCUCCUAUUCACUGGCCGAGACGGCGGGAGCGGCAGCGGCAGUAGCAGCGGUGUGGAUGUCAGCGCUCGGCUUGAGCUCUUUGAGGACGUGCUCAAGCGACGUAUCCACGCGGUCCAGUUCCUCAGCGACUCGAUCCCUGGCACGAGGGACGAGGCUCGCCAGAGAGCCGAGGAGAUCUGUGGUGAUGACUUGUUCGAUCACGAGGCGAUGAACUUUACGGAGCCGGUUCGAAAGUUCUUCUAUAGUUAUGAUAUCCGCAAAGAAGUGACGAGGCGGAUGCGGGAAGCUGGAUACUUGCAAGCCUAA